AUGAUCAACCCACUAGUCAAUACACCCGCACGGGUCGGCUUGUUCAACGAUAUCGCUUCCUUCCUCUUCGAGCAACUACCCCAUCCAGACGAGCCUGCAGCGAAACGACGGAGAGUCGAUAGCGGACCACCAAACGGCGAGCCUUCGCCUCAGCCUGCAAAUGGCGCCCCGGGUUAUAAUCUCAUCAAACUCGCUGAGUCUGCUGCCAAGGAGCCUGUCCUGCUCGAGAUCAAGGAGAUUUCUGUAUCCAUACCACAACGAAAGAAGUAUGACAUCUGCUUCACACAAUCAUAUCUGUAUGCGAGAACAUCUGGGACAACUACGCCUGUUCAGGGCAUCGUGUACCCGUGGAAAGAUAUUGAGUAUGCCUUCUAUGUUCCCGUCCCUGAGAAAGCUCAGCUCCAAUACAACUACGUCUUGUUCCCGCAAGGGACCUGUGUCGCAUCGGCGAUCAAGAAUGCGCCACCCAGCGAUAUCGAGCCUUUCCUAUUCACUGUGCCCUCGUCCGCCCCCAAAGCAAACUCUGUAGGCGGCUCGGCCGCCAGCGCUGCUGCAGCGGUCUCCGACUCCUACUCGUCACUUCUUCAUUGGGCGAUCACGACCCAGUUACGCACAGCCGGGAACAAACACACGCAGAUCAUAGCGACAGAUCCUCGGAUUUUCCACAGCGUCCAGCGACAGGCACAUCGACCCAAUGAACGUGCUGUGCACGUCAAGGGCUUCAGAGGGAGCAAAGAUGGCUACCUCUUCUUCCUUCCCAACGGCAUCCUGUGGGGCUUCAAGAAGCCCCUGCUAUUCAUGCCCAUUGAUCGCAUUCAAGCCGUCAGUUACACCAGCGUGCUGCAACGAACGUUCAAUAUUGUUGUCGACAUCGAUGUCAGCGACAAAGCUGGAGAGGAGAAGACGGAAGAGGUGGAGUUCGCCAUGCUCGACCAGGAAGACUAUGCUGGUAUCGAUGAAUCAUGGGUCAAGAGGCACGGGCUACAAGACCGUAGCAUGGCGGAGAGGAGGAAGGCGAAGAGGGAGCUGGCAGAGAACGCAAAGGGGGCUAAGAAGGGCGAUGCGGCGAAUGGAGCAGACGCAAAUGGCCAUGACGACGAUAUGACCGAGCUUCAAAAGGCGCAGCUAGAAGCGGAGCAGCAACUUAUCGACGAAGAGGAUGAGGAGGAUGAGGAAGAUUACGACCCGGGAAGCGAAGGCGAGAGUGAGGGGGAGGGAGGAAGCAGUGACGAGGACGAAGACGAGGCUGAAGGGUAUGACGAGGAAGAAGAGGAGGAGGGAUAUGCGGAGGAUGUCGAGCAGUGA